GAAAUUGUUGCAAAAUUUGUAUAUUUCUAAGCUUCGAGCUAUAGUAAAAUGUAUUAUUUCAAAUAUUAUUAAUAUAAAGUUUCAACGGUAGUAAUCACUUAUUAAAACAAGAAAGAAUCGUGUUUUGCUUCAGAACUGACUGUGUUUACUCCAAUCUUUUCGUUAUAAGCCCAAGUACAGAAUUAUUAAAUUUACUCAUAAUUACCCUGCAACAAGAAAUAUUCUUUAUCUGAAAAAUAUAAAGAUAGAUAUUACUGGAUACAUAAGACAAUAUACAUGAUGCUUUCUGUUUGUUGUAUAUAAAUUAUGGCUUUAGCCCAUUCUUGUUGAAGUCAUUAUUAAUGCCUUGUGAUCACGUGCACAUUUUUUUACCUUACCAGCAUCGAUCAAAAAAGUACAUCAUAGUUAAGUGGUGAAAAUAUAUCUAUCAGGUCUAACUAUCAAUUUGAACAUCCAUAACACAAUACAAUGCUGACCACUACGACAAUAAACACACCUAUAACCAAGUCCACUAAGCUUUCCAAUUUCAUAAAUUAUCGAUUAAGAAUAAUAUCAAAAGAUACAUCGAAUAAUCGAAAUUAUAUAGGAACAUUACUUGCAUUUGAUAAUCAUUUAAAUUUAGUAUUAAGUGAUGUUGAAGAAAUACGUAUGACUAAGAAAUCCAUUCAUGCAUUAAGAAGUGGUACUAAUAAUGAAGGUACGGUUAAGCCUACUUUUGAUAAACGUUCAUUGGGAUUAAUAAUCUUAAGAGGUGAUCAAAUUGUAAGUCUUAGCAUUGAAAGUCCACCACCAUUAGAUGUUAAAUCGAGAUUAGGAUUAGGAGCUAAUAAAUUGAAAAAAGGUAAAGGCGUUGUCAAACCAAUUCGAAAUCCUGUAAGUGUUCGAGCUAAAGUUGCCAAUCAAAAUUUGCAGGGUCCUAGUUUAAGGAAAUAGAGUAAAUAUAAUUUGUAAUAUAAUAAUAAUAAUAAUAAUAAUAAUAAUGAGAAUUAUAAUAAUAAUAAUAAU